AUAUUGUGAAUCGUAAUUAUCUAGAGAAUUGUCAGCUGUCUCUUAAGAAAGUUACUUCUUAUUUUAGCUUGAAUUAACAACUUUAUAGCACUUCUCAACAUGGUUUUAAUGAUAAUGAUAGCUCGUGCGUGUGAUGGUCUGCCCUUAGCAGCAUCAUUACAGGAAGAUGAACAGAGCGGAAGAGGUUUACUGGAUUAUCAGAAUCAGGCCAAAAUGUUAUUUAAAAAACUGACACCAAAUAGUCCAACCAAAUGUUCUAUUGAGACUGGGCCAUACGUCUUCCAUUAUGUUAUUGAUUCUGGUGUUUGUCACUUAGUCCUUUGUGAGAGAGGAUACAGCAAAAAAACUGCUUUCACAUUCGUAGAAGAAAUGGCCGCUGAAUUCAGUUCACAGUAUGGCAGAAGAGUUGAUCAAGUUGCUAGACCUUAUUCCUUUAUUGAAUUUGACACAUAUAUCCAGAAACUAAGGCGUCAGUACAGUGACCAGCGAGGAAGACGACACUUACAUCAGUUAAGAGAAGAUUUAAAUGAUGUUCAGAGAAUUAUGAUGGAUAAUAUUGAUGAUGUUUUGCAGCGAGGAACAGCCCUUUCAGAUUUGGAGAAUAAGGCUUCUGGAUUGUCCAUGAUGUCUAAAAAAUAUCACAAAGAUGCGCAGUACCUGAAUAUGCGUUCAACUUAUGCAAAAAUUGCUGCUGGAGCAGUAGUCACAUUGGUAUUCUUUGUUUAUUUCUUUAUCUUUUAGUCUCUUUUAGGAAUGUAAUUGGUAGCUAUAAUAAAUUUGUAAAAAACAGCCUUGUUGAAAUGUUUUUUCAUACAUUUUCCACUGUUAAAGAAACAUUCAGUGAAACACUGCAUAUUCAUUAAGUGUUUAUAUAAAUAAAGAAGUAUUUGAUAAUCAUGAGGGGAGAUUUAAAUUUUUUUGUGUUUGAAUGUGCUGUGCAGUAUUUGUUAUUUGAUAGAUUACUAUAUGUUUAAAAAGGUUUCAAAAAGACAUUGAUAUGUAGUUGUCCUUGAUAAAAGAGCUACAUGUUCAAAGAAGUUAUUUGAUUAUUUUCCGUUAUUUUUUACUGUCGUUGCAGAAAAUUAGAAAUUAUACCAAAAUUUUUUUUUUAAGGAAACAUGCAUAUGUUCUUGGGAAUCAGUUGUAGUCGGGAUUUUGAUUAUUUUAUCACUUGUAGCUCUUGGUUAAUAUUUUGGGACAGCUUAGUUUUGAAAUAUCAAUCCCACAGCAAUCAAUGUGGUGCAAAAUCGGGAAAGAAACCCUGUCACAGUAGCACUGCUUUUUCUGAAUACUUUAAUGCUAAAAUCAUACAGUACAUAUUAAAAAACUGAGCCUGUAUAGUACUGUACUUUGUCAUGAAAUCAUUUAAUGCAGUCAGAUACCAUGACAAAUAUGUGGGUGUUGUUUGUUGGAAUUUUAUUAUGUGUAGAAAUUAUUUAUGAUUGUAACUAUUUGCAUUGUUUACAUAAAUAUUAAUUCAUUGUAUGUCAGACAUACAACCAUAGGGUUUUAGUCUCCAUAAGUGUCUUUGAAUGAAGAUUUGUUGAUAGCUGGGAUUUUUUUUCUUAUAGAAACUCAUAGCAAAAGGACAGAACCUUUCUUGAGGAUAGGAGCCACAUUAGCAUUAGUCCAUUUGAUACCAAAGAAUGUACUUACUCUAUAAAUGGACUAUCUGAAUGAUUAGGUGAAGGAAAUGUAGGUGAAACUUUGUUCUCCCUUUUGAUAGAUUCUAGGUACUGCUGAGAGUCCCCAAAACAAAUUUUUUGUAUUGUAAAGGAAAUUUCAAAUGUUUACUUGUGGAAUAUAGAUAUGUUGAGUCUAUAUUGUCAAGAUUCAAAAUAUCAACUAUAUCUGAUUUUAUGUCACAAUGAUGAUAAGUUUACUGGUAAUUAUUUUCUUGGAAAAAAGAAACAAGAUCAUAUAGUUCUUCAUUAUUUUUCUAUUAUUGAAGGCUUAUUCUAUUUAUUUUCUAAUUACUUAUAGUAUUAAUGGUUUUUUGGUCUUUUAAUUUGAGCUGAGAGGUAGGCAAAUGGAGAAGUAUAAUUGUUAUUUAAGUAAUGUUCAUACAUUGCCUUGCAGCUUGUGAUUCAUAGGUUUUGUAUAGUAAACUCUAAUAAUCAAUGUAUUGGUUAAUGGUUUAAACAUCUAACAUUCUGAAUGCCAAAUAUUAACUAGAUUCUUCCAUACUCACUUGAAUUUUUUUUUACUGUAUGUAUGCUGAAUAUUUUAACCAAUCUCUUUUUGAUAGCAUCUCCAAUUAAAUUAUAUCAGACCUUAUUUUAUGCUCUUCUACUGGCCUUACUAUAAGUAGUGGUAAACCACUGAAAAGAAUGAUGGUCGUAAGAGUAAAGUUCCGUAUUUUUUCAUGUAUUUCAUUAAAACAUAAAGGCUUGUGUAACGUACCUGCAGAAUUUAGUAUGUCCAUUUGUAAAGUUCUAUGAAUUUUUUCAUGCUUCAUUCCAAAAUUUAUUUCUGGCAAAGUUUUUCAUUAUUGAGUCGUUUAACCAUACCACACCACUUUUUUCAAAUAAGGAACACAAGACAUUUCUUUUUACAUCUGCUAUUUUUUAUGUACGUUAUAGAGAUUGGAUUUAGAAUUCCUUGUGCUCUGAAUAUGUCUUGUCCACUUACUGUGAACUAUCAAUACAUUUUUUAAAAGAUUUUUUAUGAAAAUGUAACUCAUUAUAGGUGAUGUUUCUCGAACAAUAAGAAGUAUAAAGUACUUGUAGGAAAUUAUUGAAUUUUAAAUCUUUUGUCUUCAUGUACUGAAAUAUAUAAUACAUUAGAAGGACUUUGCAAGUACGUAUAAAAAUUAAUACAUAAAACAGUACAUUAUUUUGUAGUUCCUGAAACUCAAAGAAUGGGAUAAGUGAAUGUUGUUUUGGGCUUCUUAAUCUCCUGCUAUAACAUAGUGUUUUGUGUGACUAACAUAGCCUUUACUUGUUUUAUUUAAUUAUUGUAUAUAUUCUUUUGUUACCAUUUUUCAAACCCAUAUACUGAAAUAAAAUGGUGGCUGGAAUAUCAUCCAGUUUAUUUUGCUUGUUUGGUGCAUACAGAAAUAUAUAGGAUAUUAAAAACCAAGCAUUAUGAAAAUAUAUAAAAAAACAAUUUUACACAUCAUGCAUCUAUAUACUGUAUAUCAUCUUUUUCCCAUUUCUUUUAGGAUUUAAAACUAUUGGAUCUUUUGUCUUGUUUAUUUUUAUACAUUGUGGACGUUUAGAUUUUACAUCGUAAAUGAUAUCGUAGGGUCAUUUGGUACUUUGAUAAAAGCCUUGAAUAAAUUCACACAAGAAG